AUGCAACUCGCCCUCACAAUCCUGGCCUUCGGCGGCUUCGCCUCCGCCCAGGGAGCCCAAGGUGCAGGCAAAACAACCCGCUACUGGGACUGCUGCAAGCCCUCCUGCGCCUGGCCCGGCAAGUCAACCGCCUCCACCCCCGUCCUGACCUGCGACCGCAACGACAACCCCCUCAACGACCGCGGGUCCACCCGCUCCGGGUGCGACUCGGGCGGGUCAGCCUUCAUGUGCAGCAACCAAUCCCCGUGGGCGGUCAACGAGACCGUCGCCUACGGCUGGGCGGCCGUCAACAUCGCCGGCAGCAACGAGGCCUCCUGGUGCUGCUCCUGCUACGAGCUCACCUUCACCUCCGGCCCCGUCUCGGGCAAGAAGAUGAUCGUCCAGGCCACCAACACCGGCGGCGACCUGGGAAACAACCACUUUGACAUUGCCAUGCCGGGGGGUGGUGUCGGGAUCUUUAAUGCGUGCACCCAGCAGUAUGGUGCGCCGCCUAAUGGUUGGGGGGAGAGGUAUGGCGGUGUGGGGAGCAAGAGUGCUUGCGAGAGUUUUCCGGACAAGCUCAAGGCGGGGUGUAAUUGGAGGUUUGACUGGUUUAUGGGGGCGGAUAACCCUGAUGUGAGGUUCAGACAGGUUGCCUGCCCGGCGGCGAUUACGGCCAAGAGCCAGUGUGUGAGGCAGAGGGAUGUUAUUGAUCAGACGCCUACUGGGCCGAGUACGGUUCCUACUUGGACUCCUUGA